CCCCGCCGGCGCUGAGGGGACGCGGCGCGGGCCGGGCGCUGAGCUCUCCCGCGGCCCCGGGCUGCCGCGCGCCUGCCCAGGAGCCGCACGUGUGGGAUCUAAAACCCGCCCUGGCUCCUGCGCGGGGGAGCAUGAUCUGUGCCCGGGCCGGCAUCCUCCAGUUACUGAUCCACGAGAGAAAAAUUAAACCCGGUUCCUGUCAGGUGAGGCCUGAGGUUAGGGUUGCCACCUCUGAGGUACAAAAAACCAGGACAUCUGGGAUGAUCCUGUGCCCAUAAAACUGGACAGCUUGCAGCUUAUACUGAGCACCCUUACAGAUUUCCCAGGACAGCUACCUCAAAAAAGGGACAAUCGUUGGAAAACCUGGACAGGUGGCAAUCUUACCUAAGGAAUUGAUGCGCUUACAAUUGCCGGGUCAUUAUGCUGCUCCACCUGUGUAGUGUUAAGAAUCUGUACCAAAACAGGUUCCUAGGCCUGGCUGCCAUGGCGUCUCCAUCUAGGAACUCACAGAAUCGGCGCCGGUGUAAAGAACCGCUCAGAUACAGCUACAACCCUGACCAGUUUCAUAACAUGGACAUCAGGAACAACUCCCAUGAGACGGUAACCAUUCCACGGUCCACCAGUGACACUGACCUGGUCACUUCAGACAGCCGAUCUACUCUAAUGGUCAGCAGUUCGUAUUAUUCCAUAGGACAUUCACAGGACCUAGUGAUCUAUUGGGAUAUAAAGGAAGAAGUAGAUGCAGGGGAUUGGAUCGGCAUGUAUCUCAUUGAUGAGGUCUUGUCUGAAAACUUUCUGGACUACAAGAACCGUGGCAUCAAUGGCUCUCACCGUGGUCAGAUUAUCUGGAAGAUUGAUGCCAGCUCUUACUUCAUAGAGCCUGAAACAAAGAUCUGCUUCAAAUAUUACCAUGGAGUGAGUGGAGCACUACGUGCUACGACCCCCAGUGUCACAGUGAAAAACAGUUCUGCUCCCAUUUUUAAAAGCAUCACCAGUGAAGAUCCGGUCCAGAGUCAAGGAAGUCGGAGACUAAUAAGUUUUUCACUCUCAGAUUUCCAGGCUUUGGGUCUGAAGAAAGGAAUGUUCUUCAACCCAGACCCAUACCUGAAGAUUUCCAUUCAGCCUGGAAAGCACAGCAUCUUCCCAGCACUUCCUCACCAUGGACAGGAGAAGAGAUCCAAGAUCACGUGUAAUACUGUGAACCCUAUCUGGCAAGGAGAGCAGUUCAGCUUUGUUUCCGUUCCCACGGAUGUUCUGGAAAUAGAAGUUAAGGACAAGUUUGCAAAGAGCCGGCCGAUCAUUAAACGCUUCUUGGGGAAACUUUCCAUGCCAGUGCAACGCCUGCUGGAGAGACAUGCUAUAGGGGACAGGGUUGUCAGCUACACUCUGGGACGUAGGCUUCCAACAGAUCAUGUCAGCGGUCAGCUGCAGUUUCGGUUUGAGAUAACUUCUUCUAUCCAUCCAGAUGAUGAAGAAGUCUCCAUUAGUGCAGAUCCUGAGUCAGCUGAACUGCAGGAAAGCCCUGUGAACAGUGCUGCAGAGGAAAUCCUUGGUGAGCCUCCCUGCACCGACACAGUGACCUCAGAAAGUACAGCUCCAGAGCAGCUAAAUGGAUGCAAUGUGAAUGGUGUCAAUGUUGAUAGCCCUGGGGAAGUCAACCAGAACAGCUUAAAUGAAGAGCGAGCAGGAAAUAGGGAGGUUGAUGCAGGGCCAGCAGAUGCUAUUGAGUCCUUGGAAUCCAUCCCAAGGGAAGUGCUGCCUUCCCUGAGCGCUAUGGACCUCUCUGAGCAACUGGCUCUGCUGGCUUGCCCGCCUCCUCUGGAGACUGAAGUUAGGGAAAAUAAUAAAGUCAAUUCUGUUACUCAGGGACACGACGACUUCUUUACCAGCAUAGAAGCACUAGAUAUUGAUGAGGUGAGUGCAGACAUACAGACUGUCAAGGACGUAGAGAAAAUUCAGGAUGAGGAAGGGGCUUCAGCCCAGGAGGAGGAAGACAAUAAGCUGCAGCUAAGAACAACAGGGAAGAGGAAAAACAGGCCCUGCUCCCUGCCUGUGUCUGAACUGGAGACGGUGAUCGCAUCAGCGUGUGGUGAGCCUGAGACCCCUCGCACACACUACAUACGGAUCCACAAUCUGCUUCACAGCCUGCCCUCAGCACAGAUGAGUAGCGAUGGAGAGGAGGAGCAGGGAGGCGGCGAGAAUGACGAAGAGUCGACAGUCAAGGAAGCAUCAGAGAAGGAUGUGGUUAGCGAGUCUGAGACGCUAGCGGCAGAUCCUCCUCCUGAAAGUGGAACUGAUGAGUAUUUCAGCCGGGGGACUGUGCCCCGCAGCACCUCGAUUGAGCACCUUUCAGACUUAAAUGAGCAGCUGUUGGAUGGGGAACAUCCCAUGACUGGAAGCGAGAGUGAAUCAAGUUCCAGACCGUAUGGGGACAAUGAGUGCGACACCUCUUGCUACAGCACAUCCUGCUACAGUACGUCCUGCUACAGUACGUCUUGCUACAGCACGUCCUGCUACAGCCCGUCCUGUUACGACAGUAACAAUCGCUUUUCCAGCCAUACCCGUUUCUCCUCUGUUGACAGUGCAAAGAUUUCUGAGAGCACGGUCUUUUCCUCACAGGAUGAUGAGGAAGAGGAAAACAGUGCCUUUGAGUCAGUGCCAGAUUCAGUGCAAAGCCCUGAACUGGACAGGGAGCAAGUGGAUGUCUCCGCCCAGUGGCCAGAUGAACUCGUAGCUCAUGGUGGGAAUCCACAAAGAGCAACAGAAACUCUAGAGUCCCCAGUAGCAGGUCCGAGCAACAGAAGAGAAGGUGAUUGUCCUUUACUCCAUAAUUCUCAGCCAGUCAGCCAGCUUCCUUCCCUGAGGCCUGACCACCAUCACUAUCCAACUAUUGAUGAGCCUCUUCCACCAAACUGGGAAGCUCGGAUAGACAGCCAUGGAAGGGUAUUUUAUGUGGAUCAUGUGAAUCGAACCACAACAUGGCAGCGCCCCACAGCAGCAGCCACUCCAGACGGAAUACGCAGAUCUGGUUCAAUCCAACAAAUGGAGCAGCUCAAUCGGCGGUAUCAAAAUAUUCAGCGGACUAUUGCAACAGAGAGGCCAGAGGAUGAUGCUAUUGUGAACAACAGAGUCGAGAGGCUCUCCAUUGGAGGAGGAAGUGACUCUGAGGCAGACUCUUCCCAGCCAAACUCAGAAAUUAGGAGAGAAGGGUCCCUUUCUCCAGUGAAUUCUCAAAAAAUCACCUUGCUGCUACAGUCUCCAGCUGUAAAGUUCAUCACAAACCCCGAAUUCUUCACUGUGCUGCACGCAAACUAUAGUGCCUAUCGAGUCUUCACUAACAGCACCUGCUUGAAGCACAUGAUUCUAAAGAUCCGCAGAGAUGCUCGGAAUUUUGAGCGCUAUCAGCACAAUAGGGACCUGGUAAAUUUUAUCAACAUGUUUGCUGACACCCAACUGGAACUUCCACGGGGUUGGGAGAUCAAAACAGAUCAACAGGGCAAGUCCUUCUUUGUUGACCACAACAGCCGUGCUACCACUUUCAUCGAUCCCAGGAUCCCACUUCAAAAUGGCCGUCUCCCUAAUCAUCUGACUCACAGGCAGCAUCUCCAGCGACUUCGCAGCUACAGUGCUGGAGAGGCAUCAGAAGUCUCUCGGAAUAGAGGCGUUUCUCUGUUGACCAGACCAGGCAACAGCCUAGUAACAGCAAUUCGAAACCAGCACCAUCAUGAGUCAUUACCUCUGGCUUACAAUGACAAGAUUGUUGCAUUUCUACGCCAACCAAACAUUUUUGAGAUGCUGCAGGAGCGUCAGCCAAGCUUGGCCAGGAACCAUGCACUCAGGGAGAAGAUCCAUUACAUUCGGACAGAGGGUACACAUGGGCUUGAAAAGUUGUCCUGUGAUGCAGAUUUAGUAAUUCUACUGAGUCUCUUUGAAGAGGAUAUUAUGUCCUACAUACCCCUGCAGGCUGCCUUCCACCCUGGCUACAGCUUCUCUCCUCGCUGUUCACCCUGCUCCUCACCUCAGAACUCUCCAGGAUUACAGCGAGCUAGUGCAAGAGCGCCUUCUCCAUAUAGGAGAGACUUUGAAGCCAAGUUACGCAAUUUCUAUCGAAAACUUGAAGCCAAAGGAUAUGGGCAAGGUCCAGGUAAAAUUAAGUUAAUUAUACGGCGUGAUCACUUGCUGGAAGGCACCUUCAAUCAGGUGAUGGCUUAUUCACGCAAGGAGCUUCAGCGGAACAAACUCUAUAUCACGUUUGUUGGAGAGGAAGGCUUGGACUACAGUGGUCCCUCCCGAGAGUUCUUCUUCCUUCUGUCUCAGGAGCUCUUCAAUCCUUACUAUGGCCUGUUUGAGUAUUCAGCCAAUGACACUUACACUGUACAGAUCAGCCCCAUGUCUGCGUUUGUGGAAAACCACCUUGAAUGGUUCAGGUUCAGUGGUCGUAUCCUUGGCCUUGCUCUCAUUCAUCAGUAUCUUCUUGAUGCUUUCUUCACGAGGCCAUUCUAUAAAGCACUACUGAGACUGCCAUGUGAUUUAAGUGACUUGGAGUACCUGGAUGAGGAGUUUCAUCAGAGCUUGCAGUGGAUGAAGGAUAACAACAUCACUGAUAUCCUGGAUCUCACUUUCACAGUGAAUGAGGAGGUGUUUGGACAGGUGACAGAAAGAGAGCUGAAAUCUGGGGGUUCAAAUACUCAGGUGACAGAAAAGAACAAAAAGGAGUACAUUGAGAGAAUGGUAAAGUGGCGUGUAGAACGAGGAGUGGUUCAGCAAACAGAGGCUCUAGUCCGUGGCUUCUAUGAAGUUGUAGACUCCAGGCUCGUCUCCAUUUUUGAUGCCAGAGAGCUAGAGCUGGUGAUUGCAGGCACUGCAGAAAUAGACCUCAAUGACUGGCGUAACAACACAGAAUAUCGUGGAGGUUACCAUGAUGGGCAUAUUGUAAUACGGUGGUUCUGGGCAGCAGUGGAGAGAUUUAACAAUGAACAGAGGCUACGGUUCCUGCAGUUUGUCACUGGAACAUCUAGUGUGCCAUAUGAGGGGUUUGCAGCCCUUCGAGGGAGCAAUGGUCUGCGGCGCUUCUGUAUAGAGAAAUGGGGGAAAAUAACAUCCCUUCCGAGGGCACACACAUGUUUCAACCGCUUGGAUCUUCCACCCUACCCAUCUUAUUCCUUGCUGUAUGAAAAGCUGUUGACAGCUGUUGAAGAAACUAGCACGUUUGGACUUGAGUGAGGGAAUUCAGACACUUCUGGUAUUUUCCUGGCUGAUGAUGUCACCUUCCUUCCCCACCGUCAUAUGAUCUUGGUUUUCCAUGUUUUUAUUUUUUAAAACAAAAAUCAGGAUUGACAAAAGCUGUGCAUGAAGAACUGCCUCCCUCUAAGAUCUAACCUUCAUGCUUUCAUCCUCAGUUUCCAAUGGACUGCUAGCCUGUAUGCAAUAGAAAAACAGCUGUCUCAAGGUUUCUGUAUAUCUCCUCAUAUCUCCAUUAAUAAUAAUAAAAAUACGAAUGCAGGUUAUGUUACACUUGACCAAAUGUUGAUAAAUGUUUACUUCCACCUACGUUGAUUAAAAAAUAAAUAACCUCAUCAACCAUUCCAAGCUUCUAUAUGCCUGUGUCUUCUAAACAAAUCCACAGUUCAUCUCACUUCUUACCAGUUGAAUUCAGUCCUGGGAGGUGGUCAAGUGUUUCUUUCAUCCAUCCUUGUUUUUCCUGUCCAUAUCGUCCAUCAUAGAGAUACCUAUGAGUAAAACUGAAAUUUUUAUACCUGGACUCAAGAUUCACAUCAACCGGAACUGGCCCAGACAUAUGAUGCAGAUAAGACAUUAAAAAAAAAACCCACCCUGUAAUGCAAUGCAAAGUAUUCCAGUGAUUGCUAUGGAUGGUUACUUGCCAGUACUGGAAAGAACUUGCACUUCAGACAUUUUGGGAGGGGCAUCUCUAUUGUAAUGUUUACCACGCAAGAAGCACAAAUCUGUGCACACUCAAGAAGGAUGUCUCAUUACGUAGCAUAAAGGAGAAGGAUCCCUUACCUAAAUAUUGUACAUGACAAAGAAAAGGGGACUGAGAAGAAUGUUCUGCUCUUGUUAAUAUCUUUGGGUUCUGUUUACUGAUUCUUUGUUAUCUGAUGUUUAAAACACCCCCUUACAAAUGAGAAGUAUAGACAAUCCUGUCCCUUAUAUCAGAAGCCAUUUAUUUCUUGUCAGGCAGGGCUAACUUCUGGUUGUUGUUUUUUUCCCUUUGUUGUCAAAUGCAAACCUCCAUAACCUCAGAAUUGGUUGUGCACAGAAGGGUUUAGACAAAGUUCUGUUAAAUGUGAAGCUGCAGUGAGAUUGUAUCUCUCUUUUGCUUAAACAUUUGUAGCAAUUCUUCUUGGAGUGAAGCCCAAUGACCUGCAUGGCCUCAUUAGGUACCAAAUUAAAGAUCCAGUUCUUUUCUGGUGCCUAAUUGAGACCUCAAAUUCUUUAAUUUUGUGGGCUUCAUCUUCCAGCUCCAAAGCCAGGAAAGGCAAGGCACACAGCAGCAUUCUUGUCUUUGAUGGGUAUUGCUGAGGCUAUUACAAUCAAACCCACAACACUGGUUGUCUCCAACUUUUAACCUUUGCUGCCCUUGUUUUCCAAAACUUAUUGUGGAUUGAAAGUGUUUGUCUUAACUGGGAAAAUGUGAAGUGAGCACGAUAGUGUCAAAGAAUACCCAUAACAAAAACUAAGUGAAAUAUACAGGGUAAUUCUAUCUUGAUACGAGCAACAGCUCACAUGAAAUAGAUGGCAGUCAGAUACCACACCCAUCUGUGUCUGUUACUAUGCUCAUUUUGUUGUUAUACUUCAGAAAUCUGUCAGAAAGAUGUCAUUCAACAUCCAACACAUUCUGUUCUUAUAAACCUACCCUUCAAAGAACAUAGUCAGGCCCAGCCUUUCCAUGCGUUUUUACUGACCGACAUAUUUAGCUAUUAAUACGCUAAUGUGUAUAUGAUUGUUUUCUAAUAUUUUUGAAUUACUUUCUUCUUGAUUUUAAAGUUACUGCAUGUCUUAAUGGUGACAGGUAAAGACAUGCUUCUAAGCAGAAAUACUAUGUUUUGGUUUAAUCAGAAUAUGAAUUUUUAAAGUGCUCCAUUAAUUCUACUUCACUAAUAUCUGUUGGCCAUUUAAUACUAUUUUUAUUAUGUGUUUCUUUUAAGUAUUUAUUUUAGAAUACACAUUGUUAUUUAUUUAUUAAAUUAUUUAUUAAUUUAUUUAUUUACUUAUUUGUAUUACGGUAGCCACUAGGGACCCCAACUAUGAAUCAGGGCACCAUUGUGCUAGGUGCUGUACACUUGUGUAAAAACACAGCCUCGGUCCCAGCUCUCAUUUCUAUGUCAUAUACUAUGGGUGUUAGCUCUGCAAAAAUUAUGUAACCUGCUUCUUUAUGCCUCUGUUACAUCAGGGUGAAUUAUAGGAGACUGCAUGGUACCAGGAUUGCCAUAAAGGCUCUGGCUCUGAUGCUGCAGUGUGCUCAGCAAUCUCGACCCCAUUCAGUGGGAGCAUCUCAUAGGCUGGGUCCCAAAGGCCAAUUUUUUGUGCAAGAUUCCUGUUUCAUCCCUGAUAGAAUCAUUACAAAAUAACAUGCAUUAUAUUUAAUGCUCGGUGUCUUCAACAAUACAAGAAAAUAAGCAGAGACAAGUAUCCAUCUGGUUGGUCCCAGGUUGACCAAAGAAAACUGUACAUCAAGAGCUGUCUCACUAACAUAAAAAAAGGGGAGGAGGGGGGAAUUCCAGCCUUUAGAUAACUGUAUAGUUAGAAUUUUUUAAAAUAUUUCAAAGCUGUAUUUUAUUAAAAAAAUAAACUAUUUUUUGUAGCAUAAUGAAAGACAUUUGUAUUUGCACAGACAGCAUCUAGCCCCAGACGGAAACAAGAAAGACUCGCUCCUGCAUUCCUUCUUCAGAUCAGGUUCUGACAUGGGCCAUAUGCUAGGGGUUAGAAUAGGUUGUAGGUAUCUUCAUACUUGACAGGUACCGUGUCAAGCAACUUGGCGAUCUGGAUAAAGAAAAUAUAUGACAUGGCCAGCUUAUUUUCCAUCAAAAUCUCUGGCAAAAGCACUCCUGCAUGGAAAUAUUUCAAAAAAACUGGUUUCUCAGAUGAUUCUGAUGGCAUCAAAAUAGAAACACCCUGCAUAUUCUUGGAUCAAAAAUAAUAGUAGGGGAAAACAAAUGACUCUUUUCCUUCCUGUCCUCAUAAUCCUUCUACACAUGCUUUCGCUAGACUUGUCACCAAAACAUUGAAACUGGGAAAAGAAAACACCAUAUUUUAUCUGUUUUUUCCCCUCCAGAAACUUCAUCUGAUCCUACCUUUUUAAUUCUCUUCCCCUGACAAAGUCCUUCUUAAGUGAUUUUCACCCAUUGACGUCUCUGGGAUAGCAUUUCUGGUGAUGGUUUGCGUAGUUAAGAUCUCACAACAGGAACAACCUAUCCAUGUCUCUUAUCCAUUUAUUGAUCCUUUCUUUUUUUAAAAAAGCGUACACAAGAGGCACUGUUUCCCCAUGUUCUUCCAUUCAAAUUCCACUCCUUACCUAUAAACGAGAGAGAAUUCUGCAGAUCUGCACAUUUAUCGUAAACAUUUGGAUUAUUCAUGAGAGCCAUUUUUUUCUCAGCCCUUCCUCAGGAAGGAAUAAAAGGUUUUCCACAAGGAAGACUACUGUGAAGAAGGUUAAAGAUGCACAGAACAAUCAUAACCCAUUCAAUUCCCUUCACCCCAAUUCCCUUCUUAAAAUGUUGUGUUCUAUCAUUAUGCUAAAAUAUGAUAUCUGUAUUGAUAGACAGAUUUUAGGCUGCAAGAAGGAAAGAACAGAAAAACAGAUAAGUGUUGUAAAUGAUAGUCUUUUAAGUUCUGGGGUCCAAAGGCACCACAAAACUGAAAGCAAAUAGGCCAGGCUACAUUUAGUUUUGCAUAGAAACCAUGAGUUUUGUAAAGUUAUGAUGAGAAAAUAUAAAUGUUACCCAGUUUGCUCAAGUGCAUAUGAAAUUUCAAUGAAGUGUGGUCGAAUUGUGAAUUUGCAACCUAACCUGAAACCCAGACUGUUUUGUUUUUUCAGAUUUCAUCAUAACAAAUGUUUGAUAUAGCUCCAGAUGGAAACAGUGGAGAUUGAAAUCAUCACACCAGGUGGGGUAGGGAGUAGAGAAAAGGGCAUGAUUUGGAGGGAGAGUCAGCUAAGACCUUUGAGUUAAAAAAAAACAUUUUAAUUAUUUUCAUAUGUAUAUAUACUCACAUACAUAGAUAUAAUCUGGAGGGUUAAAUUCAUCCCUGGUGUUAAUCCUGCUGAUAUGGAUGGGGUUCCAGCAGGAUGAAAUUGGCUUUAGAAUUCUUUGAUUAAUUUAUGUUGAAAUCAUGAAUGUUCACCCUGUCUUCAGAGCAACAUAAACAGGGCUUCCCAGUGAAGAUUAAACACUUUCACUCACAUGCAGACCAACAAACCUUUCUACAACAAAUGUGGUGCUUAUUUUAUUAUUAUUAUUAUUGCUGUACCUCAGAGUUUGUUAUUAAAAAUGACUGCAAUAUACUACAAACCUGGGAUAGGCUUUCCAGCUAUCACAAAGUCCAAAAAAUUGGAUUGUUACUUUCUCCCUAGUGAGUCAUGUAGUCCCUUUGUUCUAGUAGACAAACAGAUGCCUGUAGAUAGUAGGUACUAGGUAUAGUAAAUAUUGUACCAUUAGCCAAAUUCCCUGCAGCUUCCAAUUUAUCUAAAAUAAAUGUCUAUUAUUGUUUUGUUAAAGACUUCGUACAAGUCAAUGGCAGUAAAAGUCCUCAUUACUGGACUGAUUUUGCUUAUAUUGACAGAAAAAUGUCACAUGAUACUCAGGCUGCGCUUUCUAUUCAAUCAUAUCACUAUACAGGAAUGUCAAUAAAAUCACUUUGUUAUGGCA